GAAGCUAGGCCGCCAUCAUGAACGACACAGUAUCUAUCCGGACCAGGAAGUUCAUGACUAACCGACUACUUCAGCGGAAACAGAUGGUCAUUGAUGUUCUUCACCCCGGAAAGGCAACAGUACCUAAGACAGAAAUUCGGGAAAAACUAGCCAAAAUGUACAAGACCACACCAGAUGUCAUAUCUGUGUUUGGGUUCAUUUUUCUUUGCAUAAUCCAAGGAAUCAUAUAUCAUGCCAAAGCCGGUUGUCUUGCCACCACCAAAAUGGGUUCUGAAUCCAAACACAGACUUGCAAGACAUGGCCUGUACGAGAAGAAAAAGACAUCAAGAAAACAGCGAAAGGAACGCAAGAACAGAAUGAAGAAAGUCAGGGGGACUGCAAAAGCCAAUGUUGGUGCUGGCAAAAAGUGAGCUGGAGAUUGGACAACAGAAGGAGUAAAGAUGCUGCAGUGGCUUUAUCUGGUUGUGCAGAUUUUUCAUGAG